CUCUUAUCUAUCUUGAUCCCAAUCAUCGCUUCUAGCCAGCUAGGCUGGUCUGGCGGUUUGCCAACAUUCUGGUCUGCUUUAGAACUCUUGCUCAUUUUGGAUAAGUACUGAAGACGGAAGACUGAUGAUGAAUAUACAGGGAGUGGGCUAAGAGGGGAGAUUAUGUAGCUCCUGUACCGUUUGUGGAGAUGCAGAGGAAGGGGAGGGAGAGGGCGGAUGGGACGAUUAUUGUUGUCGCAUGUACAGACCCCCGUGUUACACCAGAAGAGUUCCUGGGUAUGGAUUCAUCAAGUAAAGCUACUGUAGUCCGCACCGCUGGCGGCCGUGUCCACGCCGCCAUGUCCACGCUCUUGGUUCUUUCAGCUGUAGGGAAUCUGGGUAAGAAAGGUGUUAUUAUGGUUGUGCAUCAUACGGACUGUGGAUUGCAGACUGCGAAUGAGGACGAGAUUAGAGAGGCCUUGAAGGGGAGUGUUGAUGCCGAGGCGGGGAAAUUGUUGGAUGAAGUGAGGUUUGGGGCAUUUGUGAGUCCCGACGAGAGCAUUAAGGAAGAUGUGGGGAUUUUAAAAGAGAGUCCUUUCUUCAAAGGAAUGCAGAUUUUGGGAUUUGUACAGGAUACUGAGACGGGAUUGUUGACACAGGUAAUUGGUGUUGAAGGUGAAGAUGCGAAAAUUUGACGUUGUAUGCAGAU